AUGGAGAAGGAGAGAGGCAGUGUUGAGCUUCCUCGCGCGUUGCCAGAGGUAGAGAGGAAGGAGUCAUUGAAGGAUAAGCCGCUGGAGAAGAAGGAAGGAGCGAUCAACGGGGAGUCUUCUAUCGCGGCUACGGAGAUGAAGGCAUUACGGAAGGAGGAGACUAGUCGGGACGAGGCGGCGACGGGCCUGGCUGCGUCGCCAGAGCUGGAGAAGGAAUCGUCGACGAUGGCGGGAGGCGUGACGGCGAAUGAAAGGAAGGAGGAGGUCGGUGCCGUUCUUUGCCCAAACGCUAGGUCACUUCCUAUGAUCGGCGUAGCACCUCACAACAGAGCCUUGUUGGGCUUAAUUGGUAGGGCAGAGGUCUUGGUUUGGCCGAGAGCAAUUGAUUGUGUGGUGAAGGAAGGGGUAAGGGGUUUCGGGCCGGGAAUGAAAGAAGAGAGCUCGGGGCUCAACUCGGAUCAAAUUGAUCAACUGGUCAGGAUGCAAACUAGGAUUAAUUGGGCAGAGUCAGGGCCAUAUUGCGAGCUUGUGGGCUCAUAG